UGUCGUCGCUGCUUGCUUGCUCCCCUUAAUUUAAUCCCCGCCAUUCCCCCGCCUCCCUCCGUUUUGCCCCUACCGCGCAGUGCUAGGCCGCCGCUUUUGCCCACGCCCACUGCCCGCACGCGACGCGACGCGAGCCAGCUAGCUGCUCUGUUCAGGCGCCACGCCGCCAUGGCAACCGUGGGGUGCCGUCGCGGCCGCGCACUGCGCGCGGUCCUCCUGCUGCUCGCCACGCUGCCGGCGGCGACCCUCGCGCCGGCCGUCGGCGGCUCGGCGGCGUUCCUGGAGGACGGCAUGACGAUCCUCGGCGCGGCGGGGUCGGUGGCGAAGGUGGGCGGCAAGGCGCAGGGCGGCGCGAACGCGAGCGGGACGCGGCCGGGCGGGGGCGGCAGGUACUACCUGGGGUGGAAGGAGGAGAUCGCGGCGCUGGCGGGGCGGCCCGAGCUGGCGGCGUGGCUGCGGCGGGUGCGGCGCCGGAUCCACGAGCGCCCCGAGCUGGCGUACGAGGAGGUGGAGACCAGCCGCCUGGUCCGCGACGAGCUGGCCGCCAUGGGCGUCGGCUUCCGCCACCCGCUCGCGCGCACGGGCGUCGUCGCCACGCUCGGCACCGGGCGCCCGCCCGUCGUCGCGCUCCGGGCCGACAUGGACGCGCUGCCCAUCCAGGAGGCCGUGGAGUGGGAGCACAAGAGCAGGAACCCCGGGAAGAUGCACGCGUGCGGGCACGACGCGCAUGUGGCCAUGCUCCUCGGCGCCGCCAGGAUCCUCAAGGCCCGCGAGCACCACCUCAAGGGCACAGUGAAGCUUCUGUUCCAGCCGGCCGAGGAGUCCGGGUGCGGCGCGAAGCGGAUGAUCGAGGCCGGCGCGCUGGAGGGCGUGGAGGCCAUCUUCGCCGUGCACGUCUCGCACCAGCACCCGACGUCCGUGAUCGGGUCCCGGACGGGGGCCCUCCUCGCCGGCUGCGGCUUCUUCAAGGCCGUGAUCCGCGGCGACGAUCACGGCCGGGAGCAGCGGCGGCGGCGAUCCGCCGCGGACCCCGUCCUGGCCGCGUCGUCGACCAUCAUCAGCCUGCAGAGCCUCGUCUCCCGCGAGGCGGACCCCCUCGACUCGCAGGUGGUGUCGGUGGCCGUGGUGAACGGGAGCGACGCCGGCGGCGGCGCGGCGGCGGCGGCGCUGGUGCUGGGCGGCACGUUCCGCGCCUUCUCGAACGCGAGCUUCUACCAGCUGCGGCGGCGGAUCGAGGAGGUGAUCGCGGCGCAGUCGCGGGUGCACGGGUGCGCGGCGGCGGUGGACUUCUUCGAGGACGAGAGCUUCUACCCGCCGACGGUGAACGACGCGCGCAUGUACGGGCACGUGCGGCGCGUGGCGUCGGAGCUCCUGGGCGCGGGCGGCUACCGCGACGUGCCGGCGAUGAUGGGCGCCGAGGACUUCUCCUUCUACUCGCAGGCGGUGCCGGCGGGGUUCUACUACAUCGGGGUGCGGAACGAGACGCUGGGGUCCGUGCACACGGGCCACUCGCCCUACUUCAUGAUCGACGAGGACGUGCUCCCCACCGGCGCCGCCGUGCACGCCGCCAUCGCCGAGCGGUUCCUCGCCGACCACGCCUCCCUGACGGGCUCCCCGUCCCCCGACGACCUGGUCGACCAGGAGCUGUGACCGACCCGGCACGGACGAGAGCCCGGCUAGUUGAUCGAUCGAUCGACCGGCGCCGGCACGGGCACGUUGGAGACCUGGCCGAUCGCUCGGGCGUCUUGGGUGGUGGUUUCCUUUGCGGCGUGGUGUUGGAACGCGGGCUCGGAUUGGUUUGGUUUUUUGUGGCCGUCGGGCUCGUGAUCGAUCGGCUGGUCCGCGGCCGUGACGCGCCGGUGGGUUGGGGGCUUUUCCCGUGUUCCGUUUGCCUGAGCCAAGGAGCCGUGAGGGACGGGCGCUUUGGCGCGUGUAAAGUGUUAAAGAUGGAGGUGUCGUUGCGAAUCCGCCGAUCCGCGUUUCCUUCCCGGCAGCAGAUGAGACGUGGAGAAGAUGUAGAAGACCCGUCUCUCUUCCCAAUCCCGAGCACACAAAGAGCACAGAAGAGACAAAUGUGGGUGGCACUGAUCUCUUAUUCCAUAAUGAUAGGUACAUGUUCCAUUAUAUAGAGUCAAUCCUUCAGGGGCAUAUUCGGUAUAAGCCCAUUAUUAUCUCCAACCCUAUGGAUAUCUUAACACUCCUCCUUGGGCGAAUACCGCGACUAGCAUAUGCCUCGUUAAAAACUCCUUCCAAAAACCCAAUGGAAAAAAAUGGAAUGGAGAAAAGAGUACAUCGUAGCCGCUUAAUAUAUUAUACUUGUUGCCUCAUUAAAAAUCUUACAUGAGAAAUUUCUGGAAAACUCAUAAAAGAAAAGAGUGUAA